AUGACUGCCAACGGCGUCAACGGUAGCAACGGCGAUGGCGUGAGCGGGUGGAAGCAUUACAACGAGGGCACCUUCCUCUUUACCUCCGAGUCCGUCGGUGAGGGUCACCCCGACAAGAUUGCCGAUCAGGUCUCGGAUGCUAUCCUCGAUGCCUGCUUGGCCGAGGACCCCUUAUCCAAGGUCGCUUGCGAGACGGCCACCAAGACCGGUAUGAUCAUGGUUUUCGGCGAGAUCACCACCAAGGCCAAGCUCGACUACCAGAAGGUUGUCCGCCAAGCCGUCAAGGACAUUGGCUACGACGACUCCUCCAAGGGAUUCGACUACAAGACCCUCAACCUGCUUGUCGCCAUUGAGGAGCAAUCCCCGGAUAUCGCGCAGGGUUUGCACCUGGACGACCGCCUUGAGAACCUUGGUGCUGGUGACCAGGGUAUCAUGUUCGGUUAUGCAACCGAUGAGACCCCUGAGCUGUUCCCCCUCACCCUCCUCUUUGCUCACAAACUCAACGCCGCUAUGGCUGCUGCUCGCCGCGAUGGCACCCUUCCCUGGCUCCGCCCCGACACCAAGACCCAGGUUACCAUUGAGUACAAGCACGACAACGGUGCAGUUGUUCCCCUCCGUGUCGACACCGUCGUCGUCUCUGCCCAGCACUCUGCGGAUAUCACUACUGAGCAGCUGCGCAAGGAGAUUCUGGAGAAGAUCAUUAAGACCACCAUCCCUGCCAAGUACCUGGAUGACCGGACUAUCUACCACAUUCAACCCUCUGGCCUCUUCAUCAUUGGUGGGCCCCAGGGUGACGCCGGUCUGACUGGCCGCAAAAUUAUCGUCGACACGUACGGUGGCUGGGGCGCCCACGGUGGCGGUGCCUUCUCCGGCAAGGACUUCUCCAAAGUUGACCGUUCCGCCGCUUACGUCGGCCGUUGGAUCGCCAAGUCCCUCGUUGCUGCCGGUCUCGCUCGCCGUGCUCUCGUCCAGCUCUCGUACGCCAUCGGUGUUGCUGAGCCUCUCUCGAUCUACGUCGACACGUACGGCACUUCGGAGAAGACGUCGGACGAGCUCGUCAAGAUCAUCCGCGACAACUUCGACCUGCGGCCUGGCGUCAUUGUCAAAGAGCUGGAUCUGGCCAAGCCCAUCUACCUCCAGACUGCCAAGAACGGCCACUUCGGCACCAACCAGAACUUCAGCUGGGAGAAGCCCAAGGCCCUCAAGUUCUAA